AUGCGAAUUCGAGCAGUAGGUAAAGCCGAGGUUGAGGGUGUUGAAGAUUGCAGGAGAGUUGGAGUUGGGUUGCAGCGGGUGAUGAUGCAUGGCCGGGCGGUCGAGGGGGGGCGGUGGAGGCUGAUAACAGAUAGCGCCGACAUCAUCGCAUUCGACACAUUCCUCACUCCGAUCUUUCGUUCUUGGCCGAUGACCCUGUGGAGAGAGGAGUAUUUGGCUGCCUUGGCAGUGCGAGAUUCAAGGGAAAAGGCCAACUCCGCACUCUACGAUGCCUAUUCCCGGCUCGCAGAUCGCACUGCCAAGCUCACCACACCACUUGAGAUCAGCGCUGGCCCAGGUCAAGUUAAGUCAUCUGGCCAUGAAAUUCACACCGCUUCGACUACGGUAGCGCCCUCUAAAAAGCAGCGGACCGAGGGUUCUUCUGCGACGGAGCUACUUAACACUACCCGUGCAGAACUAUCAGCGGCACAACGAUCCCGGGCAGAACUACAAGACCGCUUGGACAAGGUGAAUGCGGAAUACGAAAAACUUCGCAAGAGAAGUGCUCAAGAAGGCCGGCGCCUCAACACCCUCGAUCAUGAAAGAGCCCAUUUCCAGAUGCGUCUGAAAGAUAGAGACGAAGAGUUACGUCAGAAAGCCAAAUUACUUGAGGAUUUCCAAGACGAGAUCGCGACACUUAACCUACAGCUCAAUAUGGCCGAUGAUAAGACAAGCCAACUUCAGCGCGAGAAUCAAGAUCUUGUUGACCGCUGGAUGGCACGGAUGGGCCAGGAAGCCGAUGCCAUGAAUAAUGCAUCGAAGUUUACAUGA